AUGGAUGGCGCGGAAGGCAUUUCGGCCCCGACGAAGACAGCCAAGAAAUUCAGCGCCCAGCCAGAGACGAAUACAUUUGUCGAGCCCUCGAUCCAGCAACACCCGUGUGUGCCGUAUGCCAUUGGCAACUAUAUCGUUUUUCUCGCCGCAUGGGGCGAAGAACGUGGCUAUCCAAAAGCUUCCUCUUCUCGUGAGAAAGGGACAGCACUUCGUGUCGUGGCGUCAGGUCUCGUCCGGUGCUCAUCUGCCCUGCCCCGGCUCGAUGACUAUUUCGACAGCACCGUUCCCGAACGAGACCGCCACAUUGGAUGGAAAUUGAGGGGGUGGUGA